AUGGAGCUACAAGCUGCUGUAAUUGGCACACGGCUUAUGAAUACAAUAUGUAAAGUACACACAUUUGAUAUUAAAAAGAGUUUCAUUUGGAGCGAUUCCAAAACGGUGCUAAAGUGGUUGCGUGGUGAUCCACGUCAAUUUCAACAAUUCGUAAUGUUUCGCAUUGCAGAAAUUCAAGAAGCAUCAACCGUCGAAGAGUGGAGAUGGGUACCCACGAAAUUAAAUACUGCAGACAGUGCAACGAAAACAAAACAAAGUCCCGAAUAUGUGCAGCGGUGGGUCGAAGGACCAGAAUUUUUGCUACAAGACGAGGAUAAAUGGCCAACUGAGGUGGACUUAGGUCCGAUGGAGACCAGUGAAACUCGUGCAAAAUUUUUAUAUCAUCGCGAGACACAACCAUGUUUCAAUUAUGAAUAUUUUUCAUCCUGGAUCAAGUUGUACCGUGCCGUUGCAAAUUGGCUACUCUACAUUGGGAAACUAAAGGCUCGCUGUGGCGGUUUCAAUGCUACAAACGUUAUUUUGACUGUUCAACAUAUUGAGCGCGCGAAGCUCUUAAUAUACAAAAGCGUGCAACAGGAACUACUUGAAGAUUGGUCGACACUGAAAAUGGGGAGAAUAAUAGAAAGGAACAGUCCGUUAUAUAGGUUGCAGGUGUAUAUGGAUAACAAUGAGCUCAUAAGAGUAAAAAACAGAGCGAGUAACUUUACGAAUGAGUGUAAACCUCAAACUGAUUUUAUUUUCUUACCGCCAAAACAUAGAGUAUCGUACCUUAUAUGUGCGCACUAUCAUGAACGAUUUUAUCACAUCCAACAUGAAACUGCUUUAAAUGAGGUCAGACAAUUGUAUUUCAUACCAAAAUUAAGACCAUUAUUCAAAUCGAUGCGACGAAACUGCAACGUAUGUAAAAUUUCAUCGGCAAUACCUCAAGCGCCGCAAAUGGCCUUACUUCCCCCAGCACGACUAGCAGCCUUUCAACGUCCAUUUACUCAUGUGGGUAUUGAUUAUUUUGGACCAAUGGUGGUUAUUGAGAACCGCAAAGCACUGAAAAGGUGGGGUGUUAUAAUAACUUGUUUGACUAUCAGAGCCGUUCACAUCGAAAUCGCCCAUAGUCUUAGUACUGACUUAUGCCUAAUGUGUUUAAGAAAUUUUAUUGCCAGACGAGGAGAACCUAUCACCAUCUACAGCGAUAAUGCAACGAAUUUUCACGGUGUCGAGAACGUUUUAAGAAAGGAGUUAAAGAACAUUGAUUCCUCGGUUAUGCAACACAAGCUAGCUCAUCAAGGAAUAGACUGGAAAUUUAAUCCACCGGCAGCACCACAUAUGGGAGGAGCGUGGGAGCGACUGAUUAGAACAAUUAAGACAGUGCUAUAUCAAAUUUCGCCAUCUCAACGUUUUACGGAUGAAAGUUUACGUACUGCAUUACUUGAAGUUGAAAUGAUCAUCAACUCGCGUCCUUUAACCUACGUGUCACUCGAUAGUGAAGAUGAGGAUCUAAUAACUCCAAACCAUUUCUUGUUGGGGAGCGCUAAUGGUUUGAAACCAUUUUGUGAUGCUAAGAGAAUCGAUCCAAAGAUGUGCCUGCUACAAUCUGAGAUGUUUGCAAAUCAAUUUUGGCGACGAUGGGUGCGUGAGAUACUUUCGACAUUAACGCGUCGCGGCAAAUGGUUCAAUAAAGUGAAACCCAUUACGGUAGGAGACGUUGUGCUGAUAGUUGAUGAAACGGCUAAGAGAAAUACUUGGGUAAAAGGUAUAGUUAUCGAGACAACUGUAGCGAAAGACGGCCAAGUAAGACGAGCUAAGGUCAAAACAACAAAAGGCUUUUUGGAGCGCCCUGCCGUAAAGCUGGCCAUUUUGGAUAUCGGCAAAGUUGACGCAAACGACAUUGGGGUCGACUGCGGGGAGGAAAAUGUUGCCGAAAAUUGCGAAUAA